AUGUAUGUUAUAAUUUUUAGCCUAAUUGAACGUAAUGAAGUGUAUCCGAGAAAUGCGAAUGACGCUACAAAAACGACGAAACAGCGCAACAAUUUAUUGGAAUCAUUUUUUGCCCGUUCGAAAGAUGAUCCAAUCCUGGACGAAGAAGCCGAUGGCGCCGAGGAAUCGUUAAAUAAAAUUGGUGAACUGAAAGCCAAGUAUCAUUUUGGCGACUACGGUUCAUAUAAAGAUAUGUUAAAAUACAUGCGGACAAUUGAGUUUUAUUACCCACACAUUACGAAACUUAUCCGAAUCGGGCUCUCGCACGAAGAUGCUCCUAUCGAAGGACUGAAGAUCGGUUAUCCAAUACACGAUACAAGCAAGCGGGCCUUCUGGAUUGAUGGCAACAUCCACGCUCGAGAAUGGGCUUCAAGCCACACAGCGCUCUAUUUCAUCAACCAGGCACAUCGUUUUCGCGCAUUCAGUUUACUCAUUCAAACUUUCAAUUUUUAG